AUGAUCAAUGACGUUGGCAUAGACAUUGAUGAUGAACCCUACACAGCUCCACCAGGUGAAGAAGGCUUUGACAUCAGCCAUGAGGGCGGCGAAUAUGAAGCUUUUGAAGGUCUAUCAGAGCAAGUCGCUUCCUUGUCGCACGUUCGCUAUGUUGAUUCUCGCACACACCAUGAUCGCAUUGAACUCCAAACGGAGCAGUGGCACAGCCAAAUUGACCGAUUGGUUGAUGCCUAUCUGGACUACCGUGUACGUGAUCGUGGUGAUGGAAUGCCCUGCAUUGCAAAUACUGCCCCGGCCGUUGCAGGUAGUGAUUGCCCGUCGCUGAUCGGUAUCAAUCUCAUUGAUCUGUUUGGUUGUGAACAGAUGUCAUUGCAACCUCAACCAUUGCAUCGCUAUCCCAAUGAGACACUCAUUUACCAC